AAAAAAGGAAAUCUGAACACCCUAACUCUACCUUUUCGACCAAGUUAGCUUCAAUGCCAUUAUUUUUGCUUAGGCCUGUGACCCCAGAACUCUUUCUGCCUUCUAGCUUUGACAUUAUCAUUUUUAUAUCAAAACAAAUCUAAUUCCCUUUACACUUGCUACUCCUAUCAAUAAUCUCUUGUGAUUGCAGUACUUUAUUGGGUUGGUCAACCGGAAGGCAGUGCACUGUUGAUUGAACCACAAAUUUUGUGUCUACGAUGGUUACUGACCGCACGAAAAGGAAAAAUGCAGCUUGAGUGGAGUUCCGAAAACGACACCUGCCCUAAAUGACGGUGAAUCUUUCUUUAUGUUUUUCUUGGUGCACUACAGCUGAACUUUCACCGUGUUUGGCAGUGACUCUGGUAACCGCUGUAUAAUCUGCUAUUAAUCAAUCUGUUGUGUACUUGCUCUUGCGUGCCUAUUAUUAGGCAAGAUUAGUAUUAUCCAUGCAUUCAAAUGAUCAUUAAAACCACUCUAACCGUCAUCUGUAAGACAUAAAUAAGGAAAACAAUGAUCUUGUCGCUGACUUUAGCCCUGUUGAAAAUGACCAGCUUUCAAGUCAUUUUCUUUUUUCACUUUAUAAUGGAAAGCUUGUGACUGUAGAAGCAAUAUCACCUCUCUCCAUCCCUGUCCACACGUCGGGGUUCUCACAAAUUAAACUCCAAAACCUCCCCCACCAGCCACCCACAAAAAUAUCAGCUCUUUUUUCUGGUCUGUGUAGUCUCAAUUACUAUAUACAUUGUGUUGGUCAAUUACUCCUCCUUCCAUUUAUCAAAGCUUGUUUAUUUCCUCUCAAGAAAUGGCUACCAAAGUUCAUGUGGGAAUGGAGACUGAAAUGAAUGGAAAUGGACGAAAUGGUGUGCCUGAAAUGGUUAAGAACAGCUGGAAGAAACGCCUGCUUGAUUUUUCAGGGAAAAUGAAAAGAUUUACUGGUUGUUUGUGGCGAACCAUUUGGAAGGCUGGUCUAGAAGACCCUAGGAGGAUAAUUCAUGCUUUCAAAGUUGGUUUAUGUUUGACACUAGUCUCCCUGUUGUAUUUGAUAGAGCCAUUGUUCAAAAGUUUUGGAACAAGUGCCAUUUGGGCUGUCAUGACAGUGGUUGUUGUUUUAGAAUUCACUGCAGGAGCAACAUUAUGCAAAGGACUGAAUAGAGGAUUAGGAACAGUUUUAGCAGGAUCAUUGGCUUUCCUCAUUAACUAUAUUGCAACUAGAUCCGAGAGCGUCGUUCGAGCCGUUUUCAUAGGAGCUGCUGUUUUCCUGAUAGGAACUGCAGCUACAUACAUGAGGUUCUUUCCCUAUAUAAAGAAAAACUACGAUUAUGGUGUUGUGAUAUUCCUCUUGACCUUCAAUUUGAUCACUGUGUCAAGCUACCGAGUCGAAAACGUAUUAAAGAUUGUGCAUGAUCGCUUCUACGCCAUUUCCAUUGGCUGUGCCAUUUGUCUUUUCAUGAGUCUUCUGGUGUUUCCAAUCUGGUCAGGUGAAGACCUCCAUAACUCCACUGUAGGCAAGCUCGAAGGGCUAGCUAAAUCUAUAGAAGCUUGUGUUAAUGAGUACUUUAAUGAUCCUGAGAUAAAAGAAAACCAAGACAAAUCAUCAGAAGGUCCCAUCUAUAAAGGUUAUAAAGCAGUUCUGGAUUCCAAAUCUAUCGAUGAAACUCUGGCACUGUAUGCAAGUUGGGAACCAAGGCAUUCGAGGCACUGUUACAGAUUUCCUUGGCAGCAAUAUGUGAAAGUGGGAGCUGUUCUUCGCCAAUUUGGAUAUACUGUUGUAGCUCUGCAUGGAUGCUUGCAAACUGAAAUUCAGACCCCGCGAUCAGUCCGUGCCCGCUUCAAAGACCCCUGCAUUCGACUUGCCGGAGAAGUAACGAAAGCACUAAUGGAACUCGCCAACAGCAUCAGAAGACGUCGUCAUUGCUCCCCUGAAAUACUCUCCGAUCAUCUUCAUGAAGCCUUGCAAGACCUCGACACCGCAAUAAAAUCCCAACCAAGGCUCUUCCUAGGCUCAAAAAAGAGCCAGACGACCUCCAACAUGCUAGCGUUGGCAGCUGCACACGUCGCUCGGUAUAAACAAGAAAAGGAUCAUGGCGUGUCAUUAGCAAGUGUGAAAACAGAAUCAUCUGCGUUUUUGGAAUGGAAAAGAAAAAGGGUGGGCAGGGAAGAAGCUAAAGAGAAUGAACGAAAGGCUUUGAGACCACAGCUGAGCAAAAUUGCAAUAACAAGUCUAGAAUUCUCGGAAGCACUUCCUUUUGCUGCUUUUGCAUCUUUGCUAGUGGAGAUAGUGGCAAGGCUUGAUCAUGUGAUUGAAGAAGUUGAAGAAUUGGGGAGGAUAGCUUGCUACAAGGAGUUCAAUCCUGAUGAUGAUGAUAUUAGUGUGACAUGUAAAAGACCACCAGUGGAUGUUACUAAGAAUCAGCUGCCAUCCCAUGCAUUCUAAGAGAGACAAUAACCGUUUUUAAGAUAUUAGUUUUCUUGACAAGGGUUCGCCACUUUUUUUCUUUUUCAUCACAUGAAAAAUAUAUUUAUUUAAUUAUUUUAUUUUUAAUAAAAGACUUUAUAUAAAUUAAGGUAA